UGAGCCCGCCCCUAGCUGGGGAGAGAGCUGGCGCACGGCGGAGCACAUCGCAGUGAACUGUUUGAGCAGCAGUAUGCCAGGGACUGCGCGAAGCGCUCAUGUCCCAGCAGUGUGCUUCACCGCCCAGAGACCAUCUACCCAAGAGUCGGGGACAAUAAAGUUGGAUGAGGCAGGCGGACCGGAGGCUCGAAGCCCGGAGUGACCGGAGGAAUACAGUAUUACCACAGGACUGCAGGCUGCCGCACUCCUCUGAACGUGGACAAUCAUGCAUGUGCUCUUCUGGGGCUUGGGGUUCCUACUAUUCCCUGAUUUGUUGAAUGUAAGCGCGUCUACGGGGAGAUUGCUUUUGAAUUCAAGCACAGGGAAAGAGGAGGUCGGCGCGUACGAGAUUGUUACGCCGGUGCGAGUGAAUGAAGCCGGUGACAAGUUUCCAACCAGUGAACACUUCAAGAGGAAAAGGCGAAGUCUGGACGAGGGCACCGGCAACAGCACGGAUCACUGGGCCUCGUCAGAUAUCCACUACAGGAUAUCUGCUUUCGGACAGAACUAUCACCUCAACCUCACGCUGGAUUCGGGAUUUAUCGCACCUUUCUACACUGUGACAAUACUUGGAGUACCCGGAGGGGACAACGUAACGGAUUUUGCAACAGAUGGGGAGGAGGAGGAGGAGGAGGAGGACACGGAGUUAAGGCACUGCUUCUAUAAAGGACACGUAAAUGCACAAGCAGAGCACGCCGCGGUCAUCAGCUUGUGCGCCGGACUGCUUGGCACCUUCAGGUCUCCAGAUGGGGAGUAUUUUGUGGAGCCCCUACACAGCUAUCAAGGAGAACACUAUGAAGAGGAACACACAAAACCUCAUAUUGUUUACAAGAAGAGUGCACCUAAAAAAACCACAUCUGGGGAGAACUCAGCUUGUGACACUUCAGGACACAAACACAGACAGAAGAGGCUCAAGCGGAAGGGAAGGCCAGCGGCUGGCGUGACCACUGUGUCCAAUGCAGCCCCUGUGGUCAGCGCUGGUAUAUUCAGUGACGUGCAGUCACUGAGUUCCAGCCUGGUCGGCGAUGCUUUGCUCAGUUCAGAGAGCGGCAGUGCUGGCGCUGGACCAUCAAACGACAGCAGCGGUGACUCAGGACCUCACAGGAGAUCAAAACGCUUCCUCUCCUACCCGCGCUUUGUUGAAGUCAUGCUGGUGGCCGACAGCAAGAUGGUGGAGCAUCAUGGCAGCAACUUGCAGCACUACAUACUCACGUUAAUGUCCAUAGUGUCUUCCAUCUAUAAGGACCCCAGCAUUGGCAACCUGAUUAACAUUGUGAUUGUAAAGUUAGUCAUAAUAAACAACGAGCUGGAGGGUCCAGUCAUUUCCUUUAAUGCACAGACCACUUUAAAGAACUUCUGCAUUUGGCAGCAGAGCCAGAACAUCCUGGAUGACAACCACCAUUCCCAUCACGACACUGCCAUCCUCAUCACCAGACAGGACAUCUGCAGAGCAAGGGAUAAGUGUGACACCUUAGGACUUGCAGAGCUGGGCACAGUGUGUGAUCCGUACAGGAGCUGCAGCAUCAGCGAGGACAACGGACUCAGCACUGCGUUCACUAUUGCCCAUGAACUUGGCCAUGUGUUCAACAUGCCUCAUGACGACAGCAACAAGUGUAAGGAGGAUGGGGUUAAGAUUCAGCAACAUGUGAUGGCUCCCACGCUUAACUACAACACAAACCCUUGGAUGUGGUCCAAGUGUAGCAGGAAGUACAUCACAGAGUUCCUCGACACAGGAUAUGGUGAAUGCUUACUCGACGAGCCGGUUUCUCGGCCGUACGGUCUCUCGCAGCAGCUGCCUGGACGGAUAUACAAUGUCAAUAAACAGUGUGAAUUGAUAUUUGGGCCGGGAACGCAGGUGUGCCCUUAUAUGACUCAGUGUCGGAGGCUGUGGUGCACCAGUCCAGAGGGUGCCCAGCAGGGAUGCAGGACCCAGCACAUGCCGUGGGCAGACGGCACUGACUGCUCCCCUGGGAAGCACUGCAAACAUGGCCUGUGUAUAGCCAAAGAGCAGGACGCCACACCUGUGGAGGGGGCCUGGGGAGUUUGGAGCCCAUUCGGUACCUGUUCGCGGACAUGUGGCGGGGGCAUCAAGAUCGCUGUGCGCGAAUGCAACCGACCUGUGCCCAGGAAUGGAGGAAUGUAUUGCGUUGGUCGCCGGAUGAAGUUUCGUUCCUGUAACUCUGAGCCCUGCUCCAAGCAGAAGAAGGACUUCAGGGAGGAGCAAUGUGCCGCUUUUGAUGGCAGGCACUUCAACAUCAACGGUCUACCUCCAAAUGUUCGCUGGGUGCCCAAGUACAGCGGAAUCUUGAUGAAGGACAGGUGUAAGCUGUUCUGCAGGGUGGCAGGCAGCACGGCCUACUAUCAGCUCAGGGACAGGGUCAUUGAUGGCACGCCGUGUGGACCUGAUACCAAUGACAUCUGUGUCCAGGGCCUGUGCAGGCAAGCGGGCUGUGACCAUGUAUUGAACUCUAAAGCCAGGAGGGACAAAUGUGGCGUUUGCGGAGGUGACAACUCUUCCUGCAAAACGGUGGCAGGCACCUUCAACAUUGUUCGCUAUGGCUAUAAUGAAGUAGUGCGAAUACCCAGCGGUGCUACAAAUAUAGAUGUGCGUCAACACAGCUACUCAGGGAAACCAGAGGAUGACAACUACCUCGCCAUAUCAAAUAGCCGUGGAGAGUUCCUGCUUAAUGGAGAGUUUGUGGUCAGCAUGUUCAAAAGGGAAAUCAAAGUGGGAAAUGCCGUCAUCGAGUACAGUGGCUCUGACCAUGUCAUCGAGAGGAUCAACUGUACUGAGCGUAUCGAAGAGGAGAUCACUGUCCAGGUGCUGUCUGUGGGGAACCUGUACAACCCAGAUGUCAGGUACUCCUUUAAUGUCCCUAUAGAGGACAAACCUCAGCAGUUCUUCUGGGAUGCCUAUGGGCCCUGGCAGGAGUGCAGCCGCCUGUGCCAAGGAGAGCGAAAACGGAAGAUUCUCUGCAGCAGAGAGUCGGACCGGGUGGUGGUGUCAGACCAGAGGUGUCACGGUACAGCCAGACCAGCUGUCAUCACUGAGCCCUGCAAUGCUGAAUGUGAACUCAGGUGGCAUGUGGCCCGCAAGAGUGAGUGCACAGCGCAGUGCGGUCUGGGAUAUCGGACCCUAGAAAUAUACUGUGCCAAAAUCAGCCGUACAGAUGGCAAGAUCCAGAAAGUUGAUGACCGCUACUGCAGUGGUCAGCGCAAACCUGAUGACAAGGAAGGUUGCCAUGGAGACUGUAACCCCGGUGGCUGGGAGUACUCAUCUUGGUCAGAGUGCUCCAAGAGCUGUGGUGGGGGAACACGCCGACGAGGGGCAGUGUGUCGAAAGGCAGCUGAGGCUGGCGGCGAUGAGAGCAAAUGCAGUCAGAGGGACAAGCUGACCGUCCAACCCUGCAAUGACUUUCUCUGUCCACAAUGGAAGACUGGGGACUGGUCUGAGUGCCUCGUGACAUGCGGUAAAGGUUACAAGCACCGUCAGACGUGGUGUCAGUUUGGUGAGGACCGUCUAGACGAUCGCUUCUGUGGCUCAUCUAAACCUGAGUCAGUGCAGACGUGCCAGCAGCAAGAGUGUGCCUCUUGGCAGGUUGGACCCUGGGGACAGUGUACUACCUCGUGUGGGCCAGGCUACCAAAUGAGAGCUGUGAAGUGUGUGGUCGGCUCUUAUGGUGCUGUCAUGGAUGACACUGAAUGUAAUGCUGCCACCCGACCCACUGACACCCAGGACUGUGAACUGGCUCAGUGUCCCAGCAGCCACCCUGUUCCCCCAGGGACAAAAGUCCCCUCCCACCAGGCCCACAAAACCCAGUGGCGGUUUGGUUCCUGGACUCAGUGUACGGCUAGCUGCGGCAAAGGUACGCGGAUGCGCUAUGUGAGCUGCCGUGACAACCAGGGCGGUGUGGCAGAGGAGUCGGCUUGUGCCCACCUACCAAAACCCCCUGCCAGAGAGGUGUGCUCAGCAGUGGCCUGCGGACAGUGGAAAGUGCUGGAAUGGACAGUGUGCUCGGUUACCUGUGGCCAGGGGAAGACGACACGGCAGGUACUGUGCGUCAUCAGCGACCAAGAAGUGAAUGCGAGUGAGUGUGACCCAGAUGAUCGUCCUACCACCGCGCAGGACUGCGCUAUGUCUCAAUGCCCGUCCCGCUCCAGUGAGUCCCGACCUCUGCCGUCCUCACCAAACACCAGCACCAGGAACAACCUGCAACUGCCCCGUAGCCAAUCCCACCAAUGGCGGACUGGACCCUGGGGCGCGUGCUCCAGCACAUGUGCAGGAGGUUUCCAGCGGCGUGUGGUGGUUUGCCAGGAUGAGAACGGCUACCCUGCCAACAGCUGUGAGGAUCGCAGUCGGCCCAGUGAGCAGCGAUCCUGCGAGUCAGGACCAUGUCCUCAGUGGAUCUAUGGCAACUGGGGAGAGUGCACCAAGCCAUGUGGAGGUGGGAUAAAGACGAGGCUGGUGGUGUGUCAGCGUCCAAACGGCGAGCGUUUCAAUGAUCUGAGCUGCGAGAUCCAUGACAAGCCACCAGAUCGUGAGCAGUGCAAUACUCAGCCAUGCCCGUCUAGCCCCCAAUGGAGCACAGACCCAUGGAGCUCGUGCUCAGCGUCCUGUGGAAGAGGUGUCAAGUCCCGUAAGGUGAGCUGUGUGACCGGUUCAGGUCGCCCGGUGCCGGAGGAAAACUGCCUGCACCUGUCCCCCAAACCCAGCAAGCAGAGGCGCUGCCGAGGUGGGCGAUGCCCCAAGUGGAAAACUGGCAACUGGGGAGAGUGCUCCGCGUCCUGCGGCGACGGCGUCCGGCGGCGAGAGGUCUUGUGCCAGGUCGGCGAGCGACGCGGCGCGCCGGAGAGCGGCUGCUCCGCGCGCGCCCGCCCGGCGUCCGGCCAGAGCUGCCGGGUGGGCGACUGUCCCGCCCGGCACCGGUGGAGAGAGGGAGGCUGGCAGACGUGUAGUAAGUCAUGCGGAGCGGGCCACAGGCGACGAGCCUUGCAGUGCGUUGACCACAACCAGCAGGAGGUCCACGAGAUGUACUGUGUGAACCAGAUCCGACCUCCAGACGUAGAGGGCUGCAACACCCACGCCUGUGAAUUCAUCUGGAUCAAAGGGGAAUGGACUGAGUGCUCGGCCAGCUGUGGCCGGGGCUACCGCCGGCGUCUGGUCUCCUGCAGCGAGGUGCAUGUGGAGAAUGACAGCUAUGAGUACGGCCAUCAGUCUUUGUCCAACUGCCCCGGGACCCCUCCUGAGAGCUACAUGCCUUGUAAUGUGGACCCGUGCGUGCCCCCACAGGAGUGGAGGGUUGGAACCUGGGGAGUGUGUUCGGCGAGCUGUGGCGACGGAGAGAUGGAGAGGACGGUGCAGUGUGUCUCCGCAGAUGGUCAAGAAAGCAAUGGGUGUUCUCCAGACGCCAAGCCAGAGGCCAGAAAAGUCUGCAGAAAUCCAAGCUGCCAUUUGCCCUCCAGCUGUCAGGAGGUCCAGAGUAUUAACGGCCCCCUCCCGGACAGCGAACACUUUCUCAACAUUCAAGGAAAAGCACUCAAGGUAUACUGCGCAGGAAUGCAGACAGAGACGCCGCAGGAGUACCUCACCUUGGUGAUGGGAGAAGGGGAGAAUUUUUCCGAGAUCUUUGGCUUCAGGCUCAAUGACCCCACCCAGUGCCCAGCGAAUGGCUCCAGAAGGGCAGACUGUGACUGUCGGAGAGACUACACCUCUGCUGGCAUCACCACCUUCUCCAAAGUUCGCCUGGACAUCAGCGAGAUGAACAUCAUCACUACAGACUGGAAGUUUGCCGUCACCCGCGAAGGCAGAAAAGUGCCGUUUGCAACAGCUGGAGACUGCUACAGCGCCGCCCGCUGUCCACAGGGUCAAUUCAGGAUCAACCUCUCAGGAACAGGUUUACAGGUGGCCGAGGACACCUCGUGGAUCUCACGGGGCAAUUAUGCAGUGGCUGAUGUACGGAAAUCACAGGAUGGCAGCAGAGUGUCAGGAAUCUGUGGAGGCUACUGUGGCAAAUGUACACCGUCCUCUGGCUCCAGUCUGCCAGUAACAGUGGAAUUGACCUAACACUGUCGAAAAGCAUUUACUCCCAUUCAUCUCAGCAGUCGUCGUGCGAUGCUCGUCGUGUCAACGCAUCCCUCCUCUCUGGUGCUACAGUCAACUUAGAGCUCAAAGCCGUCCUCCACAUGACCUCUUUUUACACCCAUGUGUGUAUACUGUAAAUUAAUCUGCUGUAAGUACUGUACAUAGCAGGGUAAAAAUGUUCUAUUUAUUGUACUCUUCAUUUAUUUUUGUAUUCUAAUGUGUAAUUUGAAAGUUCUGUUGUCAGUAGUGAACAGUUGCCAUUUAGCUGAUUGUUUUUUGGGGGGUUUUUUUGCCAUAAUGUGCCUUCCAUGUUGGAUAUUUGCCAGUUGGACUUUGUUGUACUGUCGUUACUCCACAGUGCAUGUGUUAUAGCCAUAUGUUACUCUUUGGACCAAUAUAAUAAGUUGUGUUUGAUGUAAUGAUGUUACAGUGGUAUUGUUCCUAUUGUUUAUGUGCAGCAAGUUGUUUCUAAUCAGUGGGUCUUUUUUUUUAUUGAUCAAUUCGAGACUUCUGGACACAUGCACAGGGUCUAGAAUCCUGGACUUUGUUCUAGCAAGCAGCUCUUUUGAAAUUACUUUUUUCUAUUUUAUUUCAAAUCUUUGAAUGUAUAACUUAGUCAAAUGUCACCAGUCCAGAGAUCCUUCCAGUAGCAAGUGGCCUUUCAUAAGCUGUGAGCAAAUUCACCCAGCCUUUGGUCCACUUGGUGCCUACAGUCGCCGGUGCGGCCUGCUCGCUUCCCAUCCCAGCCCAGUGAACUUCUGACGCGUUGUGUUUGCGGCCGAUCAUGCUCUAACCCAGGUUUCCAAAACACCGGAUUGUGUCCGGGCUGCACCGUCCGGCUGUUCACUGCAGCUGCAGAUCCGUGUCCCGUCAGAUAGGCAGAGAGGAGCGCGCAGGCUUGGGAACUGUAGCACAUUCUCAUCAAGGGGGGCGUACCAGGGUCAGCUGCGACAAUAACACACAGCAGGGAAAAGCCAGGUGUCGCUGCCACGACACCAACACCAGCGUUCAUAAAACGCAGCCAUAUUCAGACUGUAAUUUCACAUUUAUUUGAUGUGGGAGAAGUCACUCUGGGUAUAAAGACGAUUCCUUUUCUUUUUUAGUUAGUAGAAAUUACUUGUGAGUUCGAUGAUAUGCAUCCUGAAGUAUUUUGGUACAUGUUAUGAAGAUCUUGAGUUCAGGGCAGUAGGAAGACACUGUGUGUGUGUGUGUGUGUCCGUGUGUGCUCAUGCAAUGGGUUGUCUCAGAUCCAGGGUGGAGGUUUAUUCAUUCACAAACACACUGAGGCAUAACAAAUAGAUGCACACACACACGCACACACACACACACAUCACUGGCUCACGAGGAGAAGGUUGUAGGUUAAAAGAACCGCCGAGUGUAUGCCGCCAGACAUCGGAGAGACCAGAAUUCCUCUGUGUAUCUCUCAGGUACAUGUAGCGUGCAGUGACCGGCGAGAGCCAUUAGCCUUGCAGCUUUUCACCGAGCAGGCAGGUUAAAAACUUAUCAGGAGCAGCUUGAAAGAGACUUUGCCUCAGGCCGCUAGAAAAUUCCAGUAGACACUCCGAAAUAUAACGAACGGGACGGGCCCCGGAGACACCUCUCCAGCUGCUGAGCUCACAGGCCCCGCAGCACGACUUCUGUCCAGAUGCUGUUGCCUCGUGUACCUCACAUUUUUCUCUUCCAUCUUUUUAAAAAAAAAAAGAUCUUUCCAAACUGUUCAUAUUAAUAAGCUCCCGUUUAGAGCAAUCUGACUUGUUCUUUGUGACAAUAUCAGGGUUUUUUGUUUUGUUUUUUCAAUUUUGUGUAUGUCAGUUUUUGCAUCUCAUUAAUCAGUGCUAUGCAGUUUUUUAAACACACGAGAAGAACUUAUUCUUCACCUUCUUUAAGCCUUAGUCAGAGUAGGCAUGUAGGAUGCAUUUCAUAUGAAUGUACCCACAUGAAGCCAUAUGUGCUUUUAUAAGCCUUUUUGUUUGGUGCUCUUUCAGUGCCAUGUGUGAUAAUGUGCCGGCUUCAGCCAAAGGGAACUACACCAGUAUGAAAUGAUGUCCAAAAGCACGGGGAGGUCAACAUUUUGUGUCUUUACUUAGAACCACAAAUGAAAAGUGCACUUGUCAGAAUCUAGUUCAGUCCACAGAGUUCUCAGGUGUCAUACAGUAAAUGAAGGGAUUAUGAUGAUAUUUAUGUGUAUUUAACGUAUUUGUCACAUGCUUAUCAGGUCACUGAAUGUGUAUCAACGAAGUUUCACUAUCUAAACUGUCAUUUUAUAUGCAAUAUUUAUUUUAAUUUUUGUUUUUCAUGUGAAUGUACAUAGGCAUUAAUGAUUAUGAAUAACCGUGCAGUAUUGCCAUUCAAUGAACCGUCUGGCAACACAUUAUCUGUUUUGUGAAUACAUGUAUUUAUAUGUUUGUAAUAUCUGCAUCAAUGGUAUUAACAGAUUUUGGUGCUGCCAUUAUGAGAAGCAUGAUUUAUGAUCUGAUGAGGCAAUGAUAAGAAGGAAAUAAAAUGCCUGUCUGCUUCUCACACUA